CGCGAUCUGAACAAGCUUGGCGUCGUGUGCGACAAUUGCCUUUGAAGGUCCAAAUACCCAUCACGAAGCACACGUCUGCGGCAUUCGCUCUGUCAGAUACGCCGGGCUCUACGCACCGCAAAAGCCAAGAUGACCGACGUAAUGGAGGUGGAUCAGGCCAAGACGCCACGCUUCCAGGUCAAGAAAUGGAACGCGGUGUGUCUGUGGAGCUGGGACAUCGUUGUUGAUAACUGUGCCAUUUGCCGCAACCACAUCAUGGACCUUUGCAUCGAGUGCCAGGCGAAUCAAGGUAGCGCAACUCAGGAGGAGUGCACUGUAGCUUGGGGGCAAUGCAAUCAUGCCUUUCAUUUCCACUGCAUCUCACGAUGGCUGAAGACCCGACAUGUCUGUCCGCUAGAUAACAGAGAAUGGGAAAUUCAAAAGUACGGAAAGUAACGACAGGAGGGCCCUUUCAAGCCACGACAUGACGGAGCAGCUGCCGUGGACGAAGUGUCACUCGGGCCAGAGCGCGACGAAGGACAUGCCACCAUCGGCCAACUCAAGCACUUUGUACCACUCUUUUGUAUAGUAGUAAGCUCCGCAAUUUUCUUGCAUUACUGGGGCCAGAGUAAGCGCAAUGGUGGCGCAUGACGCACAGCCAGCCGCUGCGUGCUGCAUGGGCUGCCGAGCAAAACGUGCGCAUGCUUCUGUCGUCCGUGCACUGCUGUGCCGCAUUCACUCGGAUCUCUGCAGCUUCAACUGCACCUUGCGUCACAAU